ACUCAUGUAACUUCACAUCAACAUUAUUACGUCAUUACCGGUGGCACCAGGUCAGCAGUCAAUCAAUCAAAGGGUCGAAAGCAUGGACGACGAGAGACUGAUUGUCGAAGUAGAGAAACAUAAAAUCAUUUACGAAACCAAUCAUCCUUUUUAUAAGGACAAUGGCAGAAAGGAAAAAGCCUGGCAUUUAAUUGCAGCCGUGUUGGGAGUGGAUGCUGACAUGUGUAAAGCAAGAUGGAAGGCUUUAAGGGACACAUUCGUCAAAAACAGGAAAAAAGGCAUUCCAAGUGGAUCGGCAGGUGGCACACAGAAGGACUGGAAAUAUGCAGAGAUCAUGUCCUUCGUUUUGCCCCAUCUACAACCAAGAAGUUCAACAAGCAAUGUCGGGUCUGGUACCCCUCUGUCAGACCGGUCUGAGGGUCGGUCCAGCACCCCUGGCAUUUCAUUGCAACAGCCUUCGACAUCUCCGGCUCCAUCAACCUCAGCACUGUCUGCCUCUAGGUCCCGUAGCCCCAGGGACAGAAAUAUUUCAAGACCGGCUGUUGCUGCGCAGGCCCCCAGGGAAACCAGAAGAGGCCAAAGACCGUUAGACACAGGCAUUGGGGACCGGCUGAUGUCUUUGCUGGAGCAGCCGGUGCCAAAACCCCAUAUACCCGAUGACGAGCUGGACGAGGCAUAUCAUUUUGCGAUGAGCAUUGUGCCAAUGUUGCACCGCUUAAACAAGGACAGUCGGCAACAGGCCAAAAUAGAGAUCCUCACUGUUCUUCACCGCCUCGAAAGGUCGUUUAAAGUGUAA